AUGGCUAAAAAACAACCGCAGGCGAGGAUACACUUAAAUUUACUCUUAUUGCAUUUUAGUGAAAAUGAUUUAAAUUCUGUUAAAUUUUAUAGUAUGAUGAAUAAUAAUUCUUUGGAAUUAAGGAAUCCACGUUUAACAUACUGUAGAAAUUUUUCUUAUAAUUUCGAUAAUUUAGACAAAAUUAAAGAACUUUGUUUAAAAUAUUUAAAUUAUUUAAUAUAUCUAAACAUAAAAAGGAGUAAUUAUAAUUACAAUAAAAUUAUUUGCAAUUUAUUAUCAUUUUGGCUAUAUGAAAAACUGUCAGAAACACUUAAAGAUGAAAAUAUGCGUAUUAUAGCAUUCGGUGAUAUUCAACGAAUGUGGAGUUAUGUUUAUAACAUUAGGAGUAAAUCAAGUAAUUUUAAAUGUGUACCAUAUGAUUCUAUUGUUAGAUAUUACCAUUAUAGAGAAAAUGCUAAAAAACUCUAUGAUUACUAUUUCGAUUUUAAUUACCUUUAUCAUAUCUCUAGGAAAUGUGAUGCUAGCUGUACGGAAUUAUGCAUGUACCUCAAUAAAAUAAAAGAGGCAUAUGAUUAUUUUAAUGUUCCCUGUAAUAAUGGUAAAAAAACUUAUUGUCCUGUUUUUGUGAAAAAAAAUGAAGAUUACGAUCCAAAAAAAUUGCUUCAAAGGGCUUCUUGUAUGGGAUAUACUAAUGAACAUCAUGAUGAAUCAGAUACAACUAAGGAAAAGCGAUUGAUGGAUCAAGAAGAAGAACCAUUAGCUCAUAAUGAGUUAAUGACAGAGGAUUCUUCUGAUCUUAGUGACCUAAUAAGUGUCGAACCAAAUCCUAUAAUUACAUUUCGUAAUUCUCUUUUAGGAUUAGUCCUAUUAUCUAUGUUAUUUGGUCUUUUAUAUAAAGUAUAUGAAAAUUACAUUAAUUUAUAUAAAUUUUAUAAAUUACUUAGUAAAUUAUUUCUACAUUUAUAUUAUAUAAUAAAAGAAUUAAUUGUAUAUAUUAUUUAUUAUUCCUAA